AUGACGGGGGAGAGGCAGCCGGAGAGGGAGCCGCCUGGAGCGGCAGCGAGGCAGCCAGCCGGGGGCGGCCGGGCCGGUGCUGCGGCUCAGCUGGGAGAGCGGCUCCGCUGCGGAGGGGCCGGCGUGGGGACGCGUCUCUCCGGACGCUACGGCGCACUGUGGCCGCGCCAGGGGGACCGGACUCCGGGACUUUUUCUCACCAACUGCCUGGGCUCUUCCACACCGAAGCGCACGGGGGCUCUCUCGCUCUGGUCCUCGAGCCGGCUGGACCGCUUCAGACCGAGCGCACGGGGGCUCUCUCGCUCCGGUCCUCGAGCCGGCCGGACCGUUCCGCUCCGCGCGCAGAAGGCCAGCUCGCGCUCGUCCCGGGACAGCAGGACUCCGACGCUUCGACACAGUGGAGCCCCCUGUCGGCGGUUCCUACCCCGGAGUGCUGUCGCCAUGCCCGGCCUGCGCCCUCUGUACCUGACGCUGUGUGUCUCCCUGCUGUGCCAGCAGUCCUGCACCAGCCAGCUCUACCUACACCCCCACUGGCACCACCACCAGCACCACUACCAGCACCCGGAGAGGGUGGUGCCCGUCAUCAGUGGGGGGAAGUGUGAGGUCAUCGCUGCUCACCGCUGCUGUAACAGGAAUCGGAUCGAGGAGCGCUCCCAGACCAUCAAGUGCUCCUGUCUGCCGGGGAAAGUGGCCGGCACCACACGGAACCGGCCCUCCUGCGUCGACGCCUCCAUCGUGACAGGGAAGUGGUGGUGCGAGAUGGAGCCGUGUCUGGAGGGCGAGGAGUGCAAGACCCUGCCUGAUAAUUCGGGCUGGAUGUGCUCCACAGGCAAUCGCAUCAAAACCACCAAGAUCCACCCACAGCUCUGAAAGGUUCCGGUAGGUCCCGGUCCGCUCUCUCCCGCGUUCCUGGGGCUUCCCGCCGCGGGGGGAGUGAGGGUCGAGAUCCUUGGAGAUUGCCUGGGAUUCCCGGAGCGCGGACAGAACGGAGAGGGCAGAGAGGGGCUCUACGGGGGGUGGGGGUGGGGUGCUCUGAGCAGGGGGAACUGCAGGUGGAGGCAGCAUUGCCCCGGGGGAGUGUUAUAACCGUCGCGCUUCAGGGGUGCUGAGCCCCCAGUCUCCAGGACUCCAGGACAUAUCUGCUGCCACCACAGAUUUUAGGGGACUAAAAAACCAGAACCUGUAGCCAGAAGAAGAGGGAGGCAGGAGGUCCUGGAGACCUGGACAAGACAGCGCUUUCUGAUGAUCCAAUCAAUUCAGCCCAAGACAGUUUGAAGGAUCUCUCUAAAAGCAAUUAUCUGGAAGGAUUAGAAACUUUCCUGGUGGAAAACCAGGACACACAUAGCCCUUUGGGCCCAGGAGGUGCUCCUGACCGCACAGCUGGCCAUUCCUGACCCACUGGGCAGACGUUCUGUCCAACACAACUCGCAUUUCCACCCAUUUAUACUCUGGGCCACGUUACUGGACCAGUUUGUCGGAAACGGCACUCUCAGCAGUACACCAGCAGAGGUCUCAGGUGGGAUAUGGAUCCAGAGCCCUGUGCUGCUCUCUGGACUAUCGGAUCGAUACAGCCAGCAGGGGAGCAGCAGGAGGUGGGUGAGCCACACCACCGGCAGAGAGGAGCCAGGCAGCACGCAAGGUGCCAGCCUCCGGCGAGAGAGCCAGCUGGACUGCUGGUUCCGAUCCGGCCCUGGCCUGGUCUUUGACAGUCAAGCCCUCAAUCCGAACGACUGAGCGCUUCGGUGUCCCCGAGGCUCCUGCAGCACGAAGAACAGGGAAAGCAAAGGCGUUCGCAACUGGGACACCAGGCUUCCCGUUUUCAGUUCCCAGUAUGAGGCUCCGGACCCUGGGAGACUGUGGAGACCCUGGGACAACAGGCUUUCUGUUUUCAGUUCCCAGUACGAGGCUCCGGACCCUGGGAGACCCUGCGACACCAGGCUUCCUGUUCUGUCGCUCCAGGACUGUGGAGUGAUCUCCCAGUCAGUCUGCACUUUCAAAACCCGUCUCAAAAUCACUCACAGACCGCGGCUUUUCAUUCUGUUUAAUUUACGUGCUUGGACGUGUGUAGCUCUCACUGUUGUUUUCCUGUACAGUGCCGUGAAAGGCGCUAUAUGAAAUAAAGGUGGCUGUUAUGUUGGCACAAAUCAUCUGGGAGACGCGACGGGGCUCUCGGGAGGACUGUGGAAGACAGCCGGGGGGGCGGAGGGUGAACUCCACGCCAGAGCCUCCUUCCCUGCUGAACUGGCACGAUGAAAGAUCAGGCAGGUCAAGUGACACAGGAGGCCUUAACACAUCAGACUUAUCCUGGGCCUCAGGACUGGGCUGGGCUGGGCCGGGCCCCCACUGAAACAGAAAAGCACAGCUUUGCUGACGGACGAUGACAAUGCUGUCAAUAGUGGGCACAGGCCACCAGGCUUAACUUCUACAGCUGUUCAUGGGACAACAGGGGUGACAUUUGUAGUACAAGA